AAAAGUGCCCCAAAGUGAAGAGUUCCGUCUGAGGAAUGAGAAAAUGUUGCCUUAGUGAAAGCUUAUGACGAUUAAUCAAGGUGCCUCAUCUCACUUGCAAGUUACGCAAAAAAUACAUGGGGUCUUUGCCACCCCCACAACACUUCCUGAAUGAGCUUUAUGGCCUGAUGCAUCUCCAAGAACAUUGAUUACUUAUCCUUUGCGUGCCAGCCGGAGGAGCCGAGCCCGGCCACCACAGGCUGGUUCCUCGUCGUCUCCCGCCAAUCCAUUCCAGCAAUCCCAUUUCAAUCUCGAACAUUAUCAUCCAAGUCCCACAUUCUCAUCAUCGUCAGUGCAGUUCCGUCAACGAGCGAUCACUUGACUCUGGAAAAAAAAACCACCAAGGCCGCCGACAAGCACACACGUCAACCCUUCCCAAAGGAGAGCCAUAACGUUGGACUCACAAAUCACAGAUUGGCAAACCCCCCCGAUCUUUCUUCUCUGGACCAGUUAUGAAGAAUAAUGACCCCAUGUCUCCUAGUCGGUGGUCCAGAAUUCAUGAACUAAGUACGUAGUCCGGAGUCGUCGGAUAAUCCAGUCAUACGCGUAUUAAAGAUGUCCUGAAACGGAACUCGGUCCAACGUUCCACAUUUAAUGGCGAUAGACAUAAACGCUUCGCACGCAGGCUGCUUUAUGGACCUUGGGCCUUGAGAUUUACACAUAAGCACGGUCUUGGAUAUUACCCUGUACACGAAGACUUGCUCACUUCGAGGAAGUUGACAUUUUGAUAUUUUUUGUAGGCUCCGUCCAACGAUCAAUGAAGGCAUUCGUGUCGUGUUUUGCCACGUGGUGGUCUACCUAAUUAGCCGCCUAUUCACUCAAUGACGCAGAUUGAGGCCAAUCCCAAAAUAUGGGACGAUGCCAGGCGCUCUUGUGGAUGUGUGGUUAAAACUCAAUCUGGCCAAACCACAAAUCUCUGUUGAGAUUCGCGGGUCUUACCGCCACCAGGAUCAACCCAGAUUUCAAGGACACCCUAAGGAGAGCCGAGAAUAUUAAUGAGUCGUGGUGAGUGGUGACUGGGACGGGUUUUGCCAAUGGUAGGAUCAUGAAUAUUGACGUUGCAGAAGGUUUGGUUUGAGGUCGCGUAAAGUUGCACACGGUGGGAUCAAACGCGAGCAAGAAAAAAAAAAUUGCACUCGCAUUGCAACCCGCAAAGCAGCCAUCUCUUUUAUGCAAGUGGUGGGACCUCUAAUUUGCCAUAAACGUCAGUUUGCAGAGGCGAACGUGACAAGCACAGGCCAAAGACCAAAGUGAAUUUUUCGUGUGGGGACCAAAAGAACGACGCAUUUAUAAACAUUGUUGGCCUUGGCCAAAGACACUGGAAUUCGGUGAAAAGACUCUCCGGAUAAACAAGUCUAAAAAGAAGAACCGCUUGAAGGGCUUUGCCUCAUAAAGGAUCGAACGAACUUCUUGAGGUGGGCUCAUUUAUCAAGAGCAAUUUAAGCCUUGUCACCCUGGUUGGCAAAGCACAAUAACGGGUCUUUGGAGCUUUCAAGUGAAACAGACCAAUGUGAACGAACGACGCCAACCUUAAGAAAGCGGUGCUUCAGACAGAAAUCCCUCUUUUAGUUUCGGAUUGGAAGAAACAAUUGGCCUUUGUCGUGUUGUCGUCGUCGUGGACGUCGUGGACGUCGUCGUCGUCGUCGUUGUAGUCUUAGUGCGAGUUGUUGGAUCCUUUCUGUUCUUGGCUCUAUAAGCCGUUGAAGAAUUGGAGCAAAAAGCUCGACGAGAUUGUAAAGAAACAAUCUGACAAGAAGAUGGAUAGAUCUAUCAUCACUAGCCUCCUCGUCCUGCAAAUGGGUUAUGCCAUCCAUUCCGACCCACAGCUGGAGUACAGCUCCGUUUCGCCACUGGUUCCCCUGGAUAUUGAGUUUCCAGCUAUCACAGAUGCCUCGGGCAAGCCCCUCUUUACCGGAUUAUAUUCCGGUCCUUACUUCGAUCUCAGUCGAAUGCCAACUAAUGUCACGGCCCAGGUGGGAGGACCGGCCUUCUUGCCCUGCAAGGUCAAACAAGUGGGCAACCGAGCGGUAUCUUGGGUGCGAAAAUGGGACUCGUAUAUAAUCGGAGUGGACGAAGUCACUUUCAUUUCAGACGAACGCUUUCGCAUUCUUAAGCCCGAUCAAAGCGAGAACGAAUGGAAUCUCCACAUCAAACCAGUUCGACUUUCCGAUGCUGGAGUGUACGAGUGUCAGAUUAGCACAAAGUCCAAAAUGAGCCAUUACAUCAAAUUGGACGUUGUAGUUCCAAUAGUGGAGAUUGAAAGUGACAUUGGAGAUAUCCACGCUCAAACCGGAAGUCAAGUUCGGCUAACUUGUGCCAUACGGAACACGCUCCAUCGACCUCGAUUUGUCAACUGGUACCAUGACAACCAGCGACUCUCUCCAAAUUCUCAAACCAUCAUUCAUCCGCUGAAAACCGUUCCCAAAAGUGACCAGGAUCCCACGAAGAGCCUCAACAGCUCGAGCUCCUCGUCGACAUCGUCGUCGUCGUCACCCUCUAAAUCAGUGGUACCCAAAACCAAUCAAGGAGGACCGAGCUUUAGCCGCGGAGGCAGAGAUUACCAUUCCAUAAUCACCUUACAACAUGUUCAGGCUGAUCAGAGUGGGCGUUACACUUGUCAGCCAUCGUCAGAUGUGUAUCAGCUUCCGGAGACUCACGUGGAUCUCCACAUUGUUAAAGGCGAGACGUUAGCCGCCAAAUCUGAGCGUGAUCACAACGAAGACAGUGAUCAUCUGAUGAACUCCUCGGCCUCGCAAGCCUCUUCAACCUCCAAUGGAGGAUUGGGUCACACCUCGGUCGUUUUGGGUCUGGGUGAAGUAUUGGCAUUCACGGUGGCAAUUUCUCGAUGGCCAUCCUUGUAGAAUGGACAAGAAGAGUACGAGUAGUGGACAUGAUAUCUGCCGAUUGCAAUUGCCAACCACAUGUUACCAUGAGUAUUAUUCAUGACUAUUUUUUGAAUUAAUAAAAAAAUCUGCUGAAUGGUAAAAUGUACUUGGGAGGCUUUCUUUCAUAGUGCUGCAUGCGGCAUUUCGCUGUCGGGCCUUUGAUGACAAGAAGCCUUCCGAGUUCAUAGAUCAGGGUCCUUAGGGAUAGAUUAGAACCACUGUUGUGCCCAGGUAAUCUUACAAAAAGCGAUGAACAAGGAAGGCCAUUUUCCACAGUUAACAACGGACUGGUUUGAUGCUU